AUGCUUGCGGGAAAUAGACCGCUGGUUCAACCAUUCAAGUUGGUAUGUGCUCGCGCGAUCCUCACUUUUCUCAUUUCAACACGGUCAGGGCAUUCGUUAAUCUUCGUUAUCUGGACUCCAGUAGAGACUCAUGUUUCGACGGCAGGCAAGUUCCGAGAGCGAAAGUGUGGGCGAAGUGGGAUGGAUAGGGAGGUCGAGGAGGUUGAGGGGGUGAGGAGGGUCCACGAUGAUGGAGAGGGGAAUUGA